CAAGGAGUCUAAUAUCCAAUUGCUUCAAAAUAUAAUUGAACAUCUUAGAAAGGAGGAGGAGUGUAAUAGAAAGUUACUUCUCCCACACAAUUGUGCAGAAGCCAAGUCUAGUGGGAUUAAUGAAAUACUCCUCCCCAAAUUUAGUAGUCAACCCUUUAAAGUUGCCUGCGAUGCGGAAACCCAAGAAGGAGGUUGGACCAUUAUCCUGAGAAGGAUGGAUGGCAGUGUAAAUUUUAAUCGAAACUGGACGGAAUACAAAAAUGGAUUUGGUGAUCUAAAUGGCGAGUUCUUCUUGGGCUUAGACAAGAUACAUGAAAUGACGGCAGAAAGAAAUCAAGAGUUACUUGUUCUUCUCGAGGACUUCGAGGGCAAUAAAACGUUUGAGAAGUACGAUGAAUUCGCAAUUGGAAACGAGGAUCAACAAUAUAAAUUACACACUUUGGCAGAUGGCAGUGGAACUGCAUAUGAUUCAUUCUCAUAUCAUCGUGGCAGCAAAUUUUCUACAUUCGAUCGGGAUAAUGAUGGUAGAUCGCAUUUAAACUGUGCCGAACUAUAUACUGGCGCCUGGUGGUACAGUUCCACCGCUGAUUGUCAAUUGUGCCAAUUGACGGGAACAUACGGAAACAACGAUUAUGACAAAGGCGUCAAUUGGUACAGCUUUCGGGGAUCUCGAUACUCCCUUAAGAUAGCCGUUAUGAUGAUUCGGCCCAGAAAGUGAAUUGCUAAGUCUUAAAAGCAGUUUCAUUAUUAUAUGCAUAUUUUUCUAGAGAAUUUAAAUAAAAACCAUUGUCAUUCUCU